GAGGGCGCUGACAGCAAGAACAGAAAGGGCAACACGGGUGAGACAAGCCAUCAGUGGCACAACUGCCUCCCAGAACCAGGAUGGCACUUCCUACAGGCAGGCGUGGGUAGCAGGCGGAGACGGUACCAGACAUGUGGCUCUUCCUUGGAAUCAUUGGAUUGCUGACAGCAAUUCUCUCAGGUCUCCCAUCUCCAGCCCCCUCCGGCCAGCACAGAAACGGCAGCACCCCGAAUAUGCCCUUGGACCUAGAGGAGCAGCUGGGGAUUCGCCUGGUGAACGGGAGCAGUCGCUGCAGCGGAUCUGUGGAGGUUCUACUAGAGUCCUGGGAGCCUGCGUGUGCGGCAUACUGGAACUUGGUUGCUACCGAGGCUGUGUGCAACGCGUUGGACUGUGGGGAUUCGGGAAACGUUACCUACCUGAUGCCACCCAUCUCUGAGCUUCCCCCCGGAGCCACUUCUGGGAACACUAGCAGCGCCGGAAAUACGACUUGGGCGAGAGCAUCAACUGUGAGAUGCAGAGGAGCAAACUGGCAGCUCUGCAAGGUGGAGAGCCAGGAGUGCAGCAGCGACAGGCAGCUGGUGUGGGUCACCUGUGCAGAGAACCAGGCUGUGCGGUUAGUGGAUGGUGACAGCCGCUGUGCUGGCCGCGUGGAGAUGCUGGAGCAUGGUGAAUGGGGAACAGUGUGCGAUGACACGUGGGACCUGGACGAUGCCCACGUAGUGUGUAAGCAACUGAAGUGCGGCUGGGCAGUGAAGGCACUGGCCGGCUUGCACUUCACCCCAGGCCAAGGACCUAUCCACCGUGACCAGGUGAACUGCUCUGGGACCGAGGCCUACCUGUGGGACUGCCCUGGGCAGCCUGGAGACCAGUACUGCGGUCACAAGGAGGAUGCAGGAGUGGUGUGCUCAGAGCACCAGUCCUGGCGCCUGACUGGAGGCGUUGACUCCUGCGAAGGGCAAGUGGAGGUGUACUUCCGGGGUGUCUGGAGCACUGUGUGUGACAGCGAGUGGUACCCAUCUGAGGCCAAAGUGCUCUGUCGGUCCUUGGGCUGUGGAUCGGAAGUGGAUCGGCCCAGGGGGCUGCCACACUCCCUGGAAGGUAGAAUGUACUACUCCUGUGAAGGAGAGGAGCUCAACCUCAGCGCCUGUUCCUGGCGGUUCAACAACUCCAACUUGUGCAGCCAGUCGCUGGCAGCUAGAGUUGUCUGCUCAGGCUCCCAGAGACAUCCCAAUCUGUCUACUUCUGAAGUGCCCUCCAGAGUGAAGGUCACCAUAGAAUCUUCUGUGCCGGGGAGCAUGAAGGAUAAGGACUCUCACGAGCUGACACUUCUCAUUCCCUGUAUUGUCCUGGGAAUUCUCCUCCUUGUCUCCAUCAUCUUCAUAGUUAUUCUUCUCUUGAGAGCCAAAGGACAAUACGCCCUCCCUGCUUCAGUGAACCACCAGCAACUGUCCACUGCCAAUCAAGCAGGGAUCAAUAACUACCAUCCUGUCCCUAUCACCAUUGCUAAAGAAGCUCCUAUGCUGUUUAUCCAGCCCCGGGUCCCUGAGGACUCGGACUCCAGUUCUGACUCCGACUAUGAGCAUUAUGACUUCAGCUCCCAGCCGCCUGUGGCCCUGACCACCUUCUACAAUUCCCAGAGACACCGGGUCACAGAGGAGGAAGCUCAGCAGAACAGGUUUCGGAUGCCACCGUUGGAGGAAGGACUUGAAGAGUUGCAUGUUUCCCACAUCCCAGCUUCUGACGCCAGACCCUGCGUGGGGGAUGUCCCCCCUCUGGGCUCUCAGUACCACACAAGGAACAAUAGUGAUUCCAGCACCUCCUCCUCGGAGGGUUACUGCAAUGAUCCCAGCAGCAAGCCACCUCCCUGGAACUCCCAGGCGUGUUCUUCCGAGAAGAGUCCCCUCAUAGAGCAGCCCCCCAACUUGGAACUGGCCGGCUCUCAGGCAGCGUUUUCAGCAGGGCCCUCAGCCGAUGACAGCUCCAGCACCUCAUCCGGAGAGUGGUACCAGAACUUCCAGCCACCACCCCAGCAUCCUCCAGUGGAACCGUUUGAAUGUCCAGGACUCCCUGACCCCCAAACAGACUCCAUUGAUGAUGAUGAGGAGGACUACGAUGACAUCGGAGCAGCCUAGCCUGGGUCCCAGAGGCCCCUGGGUGACCCCUCCCUCUGCUCUCCUGCUCUACCACCCAUCAACUUCUGAGAGGCUGAGGCCCCUAGCAGAGGGUGGGCAUUCUCCCAGCCCCUCAUCCUCCACCCAUCGAGUAACCUGCAGGAGCUUGGAACAGAAGGGCAUGGCCAGUGGUGUGAGAGCUGAGUCCUGGGUUGAACAAGCAGGGUUUGGCCACUUCUUGGUAGUAGCAGAGAGUCAUGUUGGGUAACCCUGUGGCCUUAGCUCACUCCGGGUUAGGUACUUUGAUCCUAAGUGUCAGGAAGCAGCUGAGGGGCUGAGCAGCUCACCUACUGCUGAAAUACAGGCCCUGGGCCAGGGACUGCCAUUAUCACUCAGGAAGCCAGCGAUGCCUCAGUACAACCGGGGACCUUCAAUCAGAGCAGCAGCCGCAUUAGCUUAGGCAUGGCCUCCCUGGGCACUGUCAGCUAAGAGUAACCAUGACAAAUACAUGCUUGCUUCCAGAGUCAGGCUGAGGCGAGUCCUGCUGAUCAGAGGUCUCUGAGUCCACCACAGGCACUGGCUGGACUCCUCUCUCUAUCCCUGGACAACUGAACAUUAUUCUAAUUCCUUGGGCUUUAUAAAGGAUCCCUGACCUGCCUGAGUCUGGAUCGGCAGCACAGUUGGGACAAGCUGUGGGGAUCUGUUCUGGAGGGCUAGAGGGCACCAAAAGUUCUGAGUCCUCACAGAUCCCCUUGGGUUGACUGGAACACUUUGGGUGAGUGUGGUUAUUGCAGCCAAGACUUUAAACAGGUCCUCCCCAUGGCAUCAGAGAACUGGAGGGUUCUAGCCAGGCUACAGUGGCCUGUCCUGAGUUCCAGAGAUUAAACAAUUGCUGAGUGAAAA